AUGCCUAAGUACAACGACAUUAGCGCUUUCCACGAGAAGCUCACUCGUAGCAAGCGCAUCCUCGCCGUCUGCGGCGCCGGCCUCUCCGCGGCGUCGGGCCUGCCCACCUUCCGCGGCGCCGGCGGCCUAUGGCGGAACCAUCGCGCCACGGACCUCGCGACGCCGACGGCGUUCGUCAAAGACCCCGGCCUGGUCUGGUUGUUCUAUGCCUAUAGACGCCAUAUGGCCCUGAAUGCGACGCCGAAUGCAGGGCACUUUGCGCUGGCUGCGCUCGCAAGGAAGAACGGCAAAUUUCUGUGCCUGUCGCAGAAUGUGGACAAUCUCCACCCACGUGCUGGCCACCCCUCGGAGCAGAUCAAGCUGCUUCACGGCUCCCUCUUUGACAUCAAAUGCAUCGACUUGAACGACGAAGACGGCGAAGGCUGCGGCUGGAUUCAGCAUGACAACUUCGACGACCCAUUCUGCCCUGCCCUGGCCGCAGCCGCCGAGGACGUCGAGCCGGACAAGACGCUCCCGCUGCUGGACCCCGACCACGAGUUGGCCAAAAUACCGGUUUCCGAGAUCCCAAAGUGCCCCCAGUGCUCCAACGGCCUACAGCGCCCGGGCGUCGUCUGGUUCGACGAGAGCCUUGACGGGAAUAUGCUGGACGCUAUUGAUGCCUGGAUCAAGCAAGACGUGGUCGACAUCGUUCUCGUCAUCGGCACCAGCGCCGUCGUCUACCCGGCCGCGGGCUAUGCCGGACAAGCCCGCAGCGGCAGCACCAGUGUCGUAACUAUCAAUCUGGAGGCAGAGCUGCCCCAGAACCUUGCCAAGCUGAAGAAGAAUGACUUUGCAUUUGCCGGCGACGCCGCGGUGCUGCUGCCGAAACUGCUCGAGCCCGUGAUUGGGCAGCCGCGAAAGGAUGGGACGUAUUGCAGCUGA